AGUAUAAAUAGGAUAUGGUGCCACAGUCUCCUGUGGGUAAAGGAAUGAGGGGCUACGUAGUGCGACUUGCUGCUCAUAGGAGUCUAACUCCAACUGAGCACUGAGGAGAAUAAUCCCAUCGGUCAACACCAGGCUGCCAGUGUGAAGAUGUCCAGCACAAGUAUGGUUCCAGUGGUUGGUGUCGGAUCAAUGGCCCAGUCAGCCGGACUUGUGGAGAUCGCUGUGAGGCUGUGCUUGAACCAGCGUAAAGAACUGUGUCCUCACGUGUGGGUUCCCAUCCUGAAACCCCAGCGACCUUGCAUCCGGCCUCCGCCUUCAGACCAGCUAUCAUCUGGCAUGUUAAGCCAAGCUUAUCUCACCCACCCUUUCUCAUCCCUCUUCAGCGACUUAGAUGAUGACUUCGACGACGACGUUUUCAUCCCCGCGAAGAACAAGCGUGUGGUUUUCGCGGACUCACGGGGCUUGUCUCUGACGGCCGUGCGAGAAUUCUCUGAUGAAGAAGAGCAGUCUGGCCUCGACUUGCUGCCGUCGCUGCAGGGUUUGGGUAGCAUGACAGAGGAUGGCUACAGCUGCACCGUCAGCACCUGCUGCCCAGGAACACGUCUCAAACUGGACUUCCCACAGCCCUCAGCAGAUUUCCAGGCCUUUCGCGCCAAGCUGGCAGAGAGCAUGGUUAUCCUGGAGAGCUGCAGCGUGAGCGAGCAGACCCUGCAAGGCACCGUCCGAGUCAAGAACAUCAGCUUCCAGAAAGAUGUGCGAGUGCGCAUCACCUUUGACUCGUGGCAGAGCUACAGAGAUGUUCCCUGCACGUACCUGCAGAAACGCUUCGGAGGACCCCAGACAGACAUCUUUGAGUUCGACAUUGCCAUUCCUAAAGUGCUAGAUGCCAAAAGGAAGAUAGAGUUCUGUUUGUCUUACUUGCCAGGAGGGGAGAGCGAGGCUUUUUGGGAUAAUAACGGCGGACAAAAUUACAGCAUUACUGUGUGCGUGAGCUCACACCUCUGCCAUGGGAAGAAUCUAAGUGAAAGGGCAUGACUUACUCUAGUCAGGAGGGAUCUCUAUUUAUAUCAUGCAUGCUGCGCCAGUGCAGUGGGUAUUUUUUUUCAUUACAUCUACAUUGUUUUUACUCUGAAAUGGUAUUUUUUCUCAUGUUUAGACAUCUCAGCAGCUACAACGGGUCAGUUUUGUUGUAUUCAAUUUUCCUUUCCAGUUUCCUUUCAUAGUUCAGCCUCUUGUCAUGUCCUACAUUGUGGCUACUCACCAGCAAAUGGAUUGGUCUUGUGCACAAGGGAGGGGGAUUCCUUUCACUCUGGGCAUUUGUGGAUUCACAUAUAGGUCAGACACAACUGGGCUGUAACAAAUAGAAUCCCCAUAGGAGGAACGAAGCUAAUCUUAGCUCAGGAAUGUUUGCAGCUGAGGUGUGCUGCCAGAGAGUUACUGUGGGGACCUUUGAGAUACCAUCUUCCCCAUUACCUCUCUGUAUUCAGAACCUCAGCACAUCAAAUGGCUUCCAGUGUCAGAAUAUAUCAUAUUAAUAUGGAAUAAAACUGCAGCAUUUACA